GCGGUUGGGAGUACAUGCUGCCCUCCGUGCAGUCCAGUCCCUACUGCUGCUGCACCGAGAAAUGCGGUCCUUGAACGGCACAUAACCCGGGCAGGUCUGCAUGGCCCUCAGGACUCAGGAGCCCGAUUUAGUCUGGGCGUGAACAGGUAACUUCCAUCUCUGUCCUUAAACGUCACAGCAGCAGAAAGGAGGAGGAGGAGGAGACGAUGAUGAUAAUGCAGCGCAUCCUAUCCUAUGGUACACUGCGCCGGGCGGCAGUGGUGCGCCCAUUGCUGGUGGGCGUCACCGUCCAUGAACCGCCAGUAGCAUUUUGCUGCUCUGCCCUCCGCCUGUCCCUGCCGACACCUACAGGCCGACUCUGGCUGUCAACCUCAGCCUCCAGCAAUGCAGCACAUCAGCCGAAACACCAGCCGCCAGAGGAGGAGCCACAGGCCAGCUCCACACCUCCAUCACAGGCGGUCCGGAAAGAGGAAGCUGAGCCUGAAUUUGUAGAGGUGGACCCCCUGCAGGAUAAAUCCAUCGGUCUGGUCCAGAGGUUUAAGAGGACUUUCAAACAGUACGGGAAGGUGAUGAUCCCCGUGCAUCUCGUGACGUCCUCCAUGUGGUUUGGAACCUUCUAUUACGCUGCUAUGAAAGGUGUGAAUGUAGUGCCAUUUCUGGAGAUGAUCGGUCUACCAGAGUCACUAGUUGGCCUUUUGAGAGACUCUUCAAGUGGUUAUGCUCUGACUGCAUACGCCAUGUACAAGAUUGCCACUCCUGCCAGAUAUACAGUGACUCUGGGUGGCACAUCACUAUCUGUUCAGUACCUCCGCAAGCACGGCUACUUAUCCACACCACCGCCAGUUAAAGAAUACAUCCAGGACAAAAUGGAAGAGACAAAGGAGAAACUGUCAGAAAAAAUGGAGGAGACAAAGGAGAGAUUUUCCGAGAAAAUGGAGGAAACUAAAGAACGCUUUUCUGAGAAAAUGGAAGAGACUAAGGACAAGCUUUCUGAGAAACUGCAGGAAACCAAAGACAGAGUGUCUGAGGGAAAAGCGUUUUUUAGGAAGAAAAACGAUUAGCAGAUCAGGUUUACAGGUGGCGCCUCUCAAUAAAUGAUCCAAUUUAGGUCUCGACAAGUAAUCAGUGAGUUUGGGGCAAGUAACGGGCAGCACUACUGAGACUGUUGGGAAAGAAGAGAGAGACAUUGCACUAUCCUUGUCCUGAAGUUUCACCUCACACAUCUCAGUUAUUACCUGUUGUCUAUUUAAGUGUCAAAUUAAUUCCUUAAUUGUCAAAACCCUGCCAUGAUGCACUGCAAGUGUAGACUAGACAGCAGCUUAGCAGACUCCUGGCAAUGCUGCAUUUUGGCUCAGUCAUCUCAGACUGGAUUUACACAGGCUCAAGUGAUCUGGGCUUUAACUGUUUGUUAGCUGAAGCUAUUCUCAUGUCUCUUUACACACAUAUACGAAGAAGAAAAGAGUUCUGGGAAAAAUAAAUUGAUUUGCCUGUGUAUAAAAGAGCAUCUAUUAAAGACUGUAUGGGAGAGAGCAAUGCUAAUCCUUGUGGCUGUUAGGAAAAUAAAACUUGAAGCUCAUGGUUAGCUGUGUGUACUAGUCCAUCAAAGCCUUUCUGAAGGCUGGGUAUCACCUUGUGUCUUUUAUAAUGUAAUGAGAAAGAAAUUAAGUUUUUCUAAUGUAUUUUUAUCUGAUAGCCAAAGCUAAUAUAUUACAUUAUUUUGGUGUCUCUACCACUUAAUGUAUCGACUGAAAAGUGUGAAUAAAAUGACAGUUCAAAGCC